UUUACUGACGCCACCCAAUACGGGUAUAAAGGAUGCUUGUUCAACUGCUUGUUUCACAGUCGGUAUUGGCAGUUCCAGAGAACAUGUGGAGAAUUGUGGCUGUCUUGUUUUUGGCUUUCACUGCCUCGGCUGAGCUGAGAUUGAAACGGCAAGCGCCAUGCACAAACAACUGGGUGGCACCACAAAACCCCUGUGUGGGAAACAACAAAAGAGUAUAUUUUCCACAUCCCUCCGACAACACCAAGUUUCUCCAGUGCGACAACAUUGGCCAGAUGUACAUCAUCCAAUGUCCGUCGGGGUUGACGUAUAACUCGGCUACCACGUCGUGUCGGUCACCUGUUGUCCCCCAAGUCACACCCGCCGCUACCACCAUCACGUCUGGUUUCUGCACCAAAGCCAAUUACGCGGCCGGGCUGGUCUAUUUUGCCAUCCCAAACAUCAACACAAAGUUCAUUGAAUGUGGCCCAAAUGGGGGAGCGACAAUUCUCUCAUGUCCGUCAAUGCUAAUAUGGAACCAGGCCCGCCGAGCUUGUGAAUACGCCACCACUGCAGGCGUUGUUGUGACGCCACCCCCGACCGUUGGCACAGUAACAGUAACAAGACCUGGAACUGGAACUGGAACUGGAACUGGAACUGGAACUGGAAUGGGAACGAACCCAUGCUUGUCUAAACAGGCCGCAGCUGGAAAGCUCUACUUUCCUCAUCCAGAUAUCCAUAAAUUUAUCCAGUGCGAUAACAAUGGCGACGCCUUUGUUGGUUCGUGUCCUGGUGGACUUAUUUGGAAUACGGUCCUUGAAACUUGCCACUCCCCAUUCGCAUCAAUUGGUUGAAAAAGACACUUAUCAAUAUCAAUGUAUGAUCGGCACAGUAAAUAUAGAAUAACAAUGUUACUAUGUUCGGGACCAAGCCCUCUUUUUAUUAGCAAUUACCGAUAAUAUCUGUCCAUAAAGCAUACGAUUCCAAUAAAUAAUAUUUUCCCACCAA